AUGCUCAAGUCUAGCGGGCGAAUUGGCACCAAUAUCCUCUUAGAAGCAAUAUGCAAGGACAAGGUCCACCUGGCGAAGUUCAUUCUAGAUGCGCUGGACGGGAAAAUAGUGGACUCCAAAACGGGGGACGCACUGACGCCCCUCAUCUCAUCCAUCCUGCUGCCUGAUGAGCAGACCAGGUCCAAUGUGCGUGCGUGUGCUCGCGCGUGCGUGUACGUGUGCGAGCCUUCCGAAUCAACGCUAUUCUGCCCUCCCCUAUUCUGUGCAUGUGCUAUGCUGAAGAUAUCCUCUGUUUCGACAGGUCUCCUGGCUCGGUCUGUGGUUCUGGCGGAGCAGGAGGGAGAGAAUUUGUCGGGUCUGUCCAACAACCCGGACAAAGGCAUCUUCGCAGUCCGGGAAAACGGCACCACCUGCCUAAUGGUGGAGUUCGCCGUGAGGUUCCUUGUGCCAUAUGACGUGCUCGCACUCAACGGGAUAGACUUAAUCACGGAGCAGGCGUCCCUGUCUCUCCCCCGUGGCGCAGAAAUCGAGGGGAGGUGUGGGAGCACGGAAUCGGAGAUCCACAUCUCUUGGAAGAGCAACACCUACGUGCUCCGCAUCUAUUUCUCUAAGGAGUUCCGGGACAAGGGAGCGGAGCUGUGGGAGAUCAGCAAGGUCCAGUUCGUGUACGACACCUCGGAGACGUCGCACUUCAUCAAUGCAUACAACCCUGGGAAGCACACAGCCAGCACCCACCGCCUCUCAGCUCUGCUGACCCCCGCCGGCCGCUCAUACGUGUGUGCGGCCCAGCAGACCCUCACCCUCAUCUCCAGCGACCACCAGAAAGGCGUCACCGUCUCCAUGUAUGACAUCCAGAUCCAACCCUUUGACAUCACCUCUGACUUCAUCUUCAGUGAACCUUACAAGUGUAUCACCGACCAGAGGGAACGGCUGGAGGAAACUCUUCCCCUUGUCCUGGGCUUAAUUCUGGGGCUCAUCAUCGUCAUCACGAUCUCCGUCUACCACUUCCACCUGAAGCUGACGGCGAGCCAGCCUCAGCUGCCCAGAGACCGCUCCAUGUACAAGAACAUGUAA